UACUUGCUCUCGACAGUGUGGCAUCACUCUCAUAUUACACACAGCGAAAAGCGCUCCAGCCAAAUACCACAGUAUGUAUGAUUGGAUUUAUUUCACAGGUAUAAGGGUUGGCCUUCUUUUUGAAAAGUUUUUCUUUACUUCUUGAAUUGGUUGUUUGUUUCACUAUCCUCUCCAUGGAUGUAUAAAACUAAGGCAAAAUAAGCAAAAAGGAUUGUAAAGUAUUUUUUAUUUUCAUUUGUACAUUUUGGAUGCAUUGCACUGACAAGACAACAUGUUGUUGUCAGCGACAUUAGAGGAACUUCUCACCAACCUUUUUUGUCUUUGGAGACAGACAUCCAUAAACCACUGGUAGUGUUUGGAGGAUCUGGACACUGGCCAGUGAUACAUGAAAGCUGUUUUACGUUUGCUUUGAAUGAAUAGAAGCGAGAGGAUGUGACAUAGAGAGACCAAGUUCUUGUGAGUUUGACUUUAAAAAUGCUAGUACAAAAUGUAUUUUUUUACCCGUAAUAAAUGAAAAAUAUAUUUUCACUUUGUGUAUCUCUCUGCUUAUGAAGAUGGAUUUCAACUUGAGUAGCACAGUGCUCUAUGUGGUCAACAGCACUGUGACCCCCUUCCUCAACAAUACAGGACCCUACCAUCCUGCAGCGGGACCCUGGAGUCUAUUACUGCUGGUGAUCAUCAUCAUGACCAUCGUGGUGGGUAACCUGCUGGUCAUCAUCGCUAUAGCACGGACAUCCCAGUUACAGACUAUAACUAACAUCUUCAUCAUGUCCCUGGCCUGUGCUGACCUUAUCAUGGGGGUUCUGGUGGUCCCUCUGGGGGCCACCAUAGUGCUGACAGGGAACUGGCAGCUGAGUGACACCUCUUGUGAGCUCUGGACCUCCGUAGACAUGCUCUGUGUCACGGCUAGCAUUGAGACUCUUUGCGUGAUUGCAGUGGACCGCUAUAUUGCUAUUACAAGGCCCCUCAGGCACAAGGUUCUGCUUAAUAAGUGGCGUGCCCGGUUAAUAGUGUGUGUGGUUUGGAUUGUGUCUGCUCUGAUAUCCUUUGUGCCCAUCAUGAACCAGUAUUGGCGAGCAGAGGAUGACCCGGAGGCCUUGCUGUGCUAUCAGGACCCUGCCUGCUGUGACUUUUUGAUCAACCGGACCUUUGCCAUUAUAUCCUCUGUAGUGUCAUUCUACAUCCCUUUGCUCAUAAUGAUAUUUGUCUAUGCCAAAGUCUUCCUUAUAGCCACACGACAGGUACAGCUCAUAGACAAGAUCCGUCUGCGCUUCCAGAGUGAGUGCCCAGUCCCCCAGACACAACAGCUGAGCCACCACAGUAACAACAUCCUGCCCUUGGGCUAUGGAGGCUCCUGCAGCAGAAGCAGCACCAGCUCAGCUCGCAAGAGGAGCUCCAGGCGAAGGCCUUCACGGCUAACGGUUAUCAAGGAGCACAAGGCCCUCAAGACCUUGGGCAUUAUCAUGGGCACCUUCACCCUCUGCUGGCUGCCUUUCUUUGUGGCUAACAUAAUCAACGUGUUUGACAGGAAUGUGCCCCCUGGAGAGAUCUUCCGCCUGCUCAACUGGCUGGGCUACAUCAAUUCUGGCCUCAACCCCAUCAUCUACUGCAGGAGCCCUGAGUUCCGCACUGCUUUCAAGAACCUACUGGGCUGCCCCUGGUUUUCCACCCCACGAUUUAACAUCUUCUACAAGGAGCUGCGGACACGAUGCCCCUGCUUCCUGGGUUCGGCUGAGGCAGGGGCGGCCUCUUUUCAGAAGCCCCCUGCUGCUGCCACGCCUGAGGGUGAUGAGAGCAUGGCCAGCAGUCAGAGCAGCUAUAAGAGUUUGGAACCUUCCCCAGGACCCCCACACUCCAACGGCAUCACACAGUUCAGUGACUUCUCAGAACCAGAAAAUUAAUUUUUCACAUUACAGGAUGGGUGAAAGAUUUGGAAACAAAUCUCAAGAAAUUAAAAACAUCAAAAGGCCAACCCCAGCAGUGACUUUCACAACUGACUGAGCAGAGAUUGGAAUGGCUAAGAUGAGACUGCACAAAGAACAACCUAAUAAUGCAGAUGCACUGGCCCUGGUAAAUAUGGGCAAGGAAGAUUUACAAAACCCUGAGGAGGAACACUGGACUGGGCAGUUUGGGUUGGCUGGCCUGGAUGUUUGGGAGCGGCACCAGUUUAAAGGUCCAGAUCACAAGACUUGAAGACUAACUGUGUCAACACAGCACCCUGAGGAAGACGGUUCACUGCAACCCAGCAUUAAACCAUCAUCAUGGACUGAGGUAUCCUGGCCUUGUCUGCCACCAACACGCUCACAGCAUACUGUGUACAAUAGGAUGGACUCUUUCUUUACAACCAGGAAUGAUUGCAGAUGUGUAACAGUAAUAGACCAUAGAUAUUCAUGCACAAUGUGUGUGACCUCUGGUGUAAAGUGGGCAGUCAGAAUAAAUGGUGUACAUUAUCUAAUGCAAAGUUAUUUAUUUAUUAUAUCCUCACUAUCUGCACAUGCAAAACGUGACAACUUAACACAGGAAUAUCAUGUUAAAUGUCUUUACUCUCCAGUAAUGUCCAUAGUGUAGCAACACAUUUUCUAUUCAGUGUUCAUGUCAUUAACCUCUUCACUGCCAAAUCAACCUAAUUAACUGCACUUGAAAUAUAAGUGUUCUUAUCAAGUGAUCUGGUUAUAACACCGGUAAUAACCAGAUCCAUUAACAUACAGUACCAGUCAAGAGUUUGGACACACCUACUCAUUUAAAAGUUUUUCUUUAUUUUACUAUUUUCUAUGUUCUAGAAUAAUAGUGAAGAUAUCAUAACUAUGAAAUAACACAUAUGGAAUCAUGUAGUAACCAUAAAAGUGUUAAACAAAUCUCCUCCAUGCUUCACGGUGGGAACCACACAUGUGGAGAUCAUCCGUUCACCUACUCUGCAUCUCAGAAAGACACGGCGGUUGGAAGCAAAAAUCUCAAAUUUGGACCCAGACCAAAUGACAGAUUUCAACCGGUCUAAUGUCCAUUGCUCGUGUUUCUUGGCCCAAGCAAGUCUCGUCUUUUUAUUGGUGUCCUUUAGUAGUGGUUUCUUUGCAGCAAUUUGACCAUGAAGGCCUGAUUCACACAGUCUCCUCUGAACAGUUGAUGUUGAGAUGUGUCUGUUACUUGAACUCUGUGAAGUAUUUAUUUGGGCUGCAAUUCCUCAGGCUGCAGCAGAGGUAACUCUGGGUCUUCAUUUCCUGUGGCGGUCCUCAUGAGAGCCAAUUUCAUCAUAGCACUUGAUGGUUUUUGCGACUGCACUUGAAGAAACUUUCAAAGUCCUUGAAAUGUUCCGCAUUGACUGACCUUCAUGUCUUAAAGUAAUGAUGGAAUGUAAUUUCCAUUUGCUUAUUUGAGCUGUUCUUGCCAUAUUAUGGACUUGGUCUUUUACCAAAUAGGGCUAUCUUCUGAAUACCACCCCUAUCUCGUCACAACACAACUGAUUGGCUCAAACGCAUUAAGGAAAGAAAUGUAGGUCCACAAAUGUACUUUUAACAGGGCACACCUGUUAAUUGAAAUGCAUUCCAGGUGACUACCUCAUGAAGCUGGUUGAGAGAAUGCCACGUGUCCAAAAGCUGUCAUCAAGGGUGGCUAAAAGCUGUUAUCAAGGGUGGCUGAAGAAUCUCAAAUAUAAAAUAUAUUUUUAUUUGUUUAACCUUUUUUUGAUUACUACAUGAUUCCAUAUGUUAUGUUAUAGUUUUGACAUCUUCACUAUUAUUCUACAAUGUAGAAAAUAGUACAAAUAAAGAAAAUACCUUGAAUGAGUAGGCGUGUCCAAACUUUUGACUGGUACUGUCCCUAUUUUAUAAAAAGUGAUUAUGUAACUCAAGAUAUUGUUUGCAAUAAACAGUCAUGAAUAUAAGUCAAGGACUACCAAUGUCAACCUAUGAAAAGCUAAGACCAUUUGGAGCAUCAGCCACACAAAAUGUACCAUCAUCAGGUGUACUGACAUACAGCCAAAUACAUCCUCAUUGUACUUCGUACACACAGCAGAAAAAUCUGCAUCUCUGCCCUAAGUCACUGACGACAGACAUUGCUUUGACCCAUAAGAUCUAGUAACCAUCCCUUGCAUCUCAUGCAGCUCAUAACUUAUUUAUUGUGUGAUGACGAAGCAGUGAAUGAGAUUGAUGUGAUUCCAAAAAAGAACCUUGAAUAUUGUCAUGAACUAAGUCAUUAUGAAUUCUGACAAUGUGUACCUCUACAAACCUUUCACUAAACAUAUGACUGUACAACUGAAAUAAAUGACAAGGUUUCCA